AUGGAACGUUUCCUUUCUGCACUCAUCGUCAUUGGAGUCACCCUGAUCGAGCAGCGCUCUAAGAAACUAGGAAAGUUCACCGAUCUGGGUUCGGCGGACGUUGGAGGCAAAUUCGCAUUCACUUUCAAACUCCUUAAUUCCGACUGUGAGAAGGUCUCUCAUUGGCUGGAGCGGGCUGGACGAUAUUAUAGAAGUUCAGAAUCGGUAAUCACGAGCACCUCCAUGAAGUGCACUGGACAACAGCAGUAA